AUGACCUACGACUACAGGUUCGGAAAGUACUGCCGCCACCAGGACUACGGCGUGUUCCGGUUCGCGCUUCAUUCGGCCUACCCCAUCUGCCUGCCGCCGCCCGACGUCGACCACAGGGGCCAGGAGGCCGACCUGGCCGGCUGGGGCCUGUCCGAGUACACCGGCAGUGUGCCAGGGGCGCUGCAGCAGGUGCGUCUGCAGGCGGUGGACCCGUUGUGCGCCAACGUCCGUGACGUCACGUUCGGCAAAGCGUGUUCAGGCGGCCGGGGCGACCCUCUCCUGGUCCAGGGUGCCGACGACCUCUACCAGGUGAUCGAGUUUCCCGGCAUCUACGCGAAGGUGUUCAAGUGCAACCCCUGCAUCGUGGACAACAGCCGGUGGCAGUGA